CCCAGCCCUUGCAGUGGGACGGAAAAGGCAGCUCUCUGUUUUCCACGGAGGUGAAGUCAAAUCUAGGCAGAGAUCCAUGUUACAGCAUGUGAAGCCACCACUCUCACACUUCCUGGGGUGAAAUGUGCCACACCUACAGCCCACGGCUUCCAGGGAGGCAUGGUCAGGAGCACGGUGCUGGGCAAGUGCUUGGGGAACGCCAGGGGGAGCGAGCAGGGCUGCCCUGGGUCCGCCCACUGCCCCUGGGUUGCCGACAGCCGGCCCGAGCUCCCAUACCGGCGAAUCCACGCUGCUCCGACUCUGCUGGUGAAGUUCGUGUCCGGGCCCGAGAGAUGGCUGCACGGAGGGCAGUCACUCGUCCCACCACUCUCCAUUCCUGCUACACAGUCAAACCCUUCCCACGGGUCUGGAGCCCAUGCGGGAAUUCCCUCCCCCAACAGCUGGACAGCUGGACGGCAGCACCUGCCAGGGCGUCCCGAGGAAGGCUGCCUGGGGAGUAUUUCAGAGAAACUGCGGCUCCAAACACCCUCGUUCUCCGCUCAUGUGUCCCCAACAGUCCACCUCAAUGUCAGGUUCCAGCUGCAAAGUGAUCUCCCCGGGGGAUUCUGAAGGCACGCCCCUGUCCCCUAGCAGCUGCCCCAGAGUCUGCACCUCUCUCAGCACCAGCCCCGUGUGCACGUGUGUACGUGCACAUGUGCGACCUUGUCCCCCCUGGCUGUCACAACGCACCUGCCUCGGGGUGGUCUGGUUACCCUCUCUGCUGGGUGCUCAGCCCCAUUACUCCACAAGUGUGAGCUCUGCUCUGGGAACUCCUGACCUGGGGAGUGUCCUUGAAUCAGAGUCCCAGACAGGACUGCGAAUGCUGAUGCUACCUGCCCUCAGGCCCCGGUCUCCCAGCCUCCCUCCCUCAGCAGCUGAAUGGAGGGAGUGGCACAGCCGGACCUCCAAGAUGCCAAUCACCAGACCCAUGAGACACCAUCAUCUGAUGGAGAGUUCUGCUGCCACGCUGCCUUCGUCUGCUCCUUGUCUCUCAUCUCACCCACACGCCUAACCUCUGGCACUUCUCACACUCACCAGAGAAGCGCAGGAUGCCACCCGGAAGCUGCAGAGGCAGGGGCCAAACUCUCCCACCACUGGGCCCCUGGGCAGCCAGCAAAUUCCCCUGGGGUCCACAGAUGCUAGGAGCUGCAAGCCUUCUCCCUGGCUGGCUGGUUCUCCAGAGAAGCAGCCUCCAAGUUGCUCACCGAGCCGUCUGCUUGGCCAGCGGUACUCAGGAAGCGGGGUACACGGAGGAAGGCUGGAAGUCUCAGCCU